GGUUAUGGAUGAUAAACCCAGUCCUGAAGCCCUAAGUGAGAGUUCUUUUUUUCUUUUCUCCUUUGGCGUUAUUGCAGAUGUUCAAUAUGCUGACUUAGAAGAUUUUUUUUAUUUCCAAGGAACCAGGCGGCGAUACUACAGACAUAGUCUUCUUCACUUACUUUUUUUCAUUGAAGACUGGAAUAAUGAAAGCAGCACGCCCUGUUGUGUCCUUCAGCUUUUUUUUAUCAUCGAUGGAUAUAAUGCACAGUAUAAUGCAUCCGAAAAGUCCCUAGAAUUUUUUUUGGACACAUUCAAGAGGCUUAAAGUGCCAGUUCAUCAUACAUGGGGAAACCACGAAUUCUAUAACUUCAGUAGAGAGUAUUUAACACACUCUAAACUUAACACUAAGUUUUUUUUUGAUCAGAUCGUACAUCAUCCCGAGACCAUGCCUUCAGAGGAUUAUUAUGCUUUUUUUUUUGUACCAUUCCCUAAAUUCCGGUUCGUUUUACUUGAUGCGUAUGACUUGAUUUUUUUGGGCAUGGAUCAGUCUUCUCCAAAAUACGAGCAGUGUAUGAAGAUAUUGAGUUUUUUUAAUCCAAAUACGGAACUGAAUAGUCCUCAAGGACUUUCUGAGCCCCAGUUUGUCCAGUUUAAUGGAGGAUUCAGCCAAGAACAGCUAAACUGGUUGAAUGAAGUGCUUACAUUCUCUGACACAAACCAAGAAAAGGUGGUGAUUGUGAGCCCUGAGAUGUGUCCAGUGUCGUCCGCGGGCUGGACGUUAAGGCAGGGGCCAGGGCUGCGUCUGCUGAAGUCCCCCGGGAAGUUCCACGCAAGGAACCAGCCCCUUCCAGGGCCCUUAACGUAAAAGCCGUGCUCCAAGUCCUCUCCUGACUUCUAGUCACUUCCAUGCUGCCAGCAGAGGGCAUGGGAUUCUUCCUGAGGAGCCUGAGUCUCAGCUUUGCCGGGUCCUUGCUGUGUGACCUUGGAUGACAAUCCCAUGGCUCAGAGAGUGUAACCUGGCCAACAUCACCCAGCUAACAAGUGUUGAAGAUCAGAGUGGGACUGACUGCUCACCUCCUUCUACAUCAUUUACUAGCAGGAAAGAGAAAAAGGAGAUAGAAGAAGGUGGAGUAAGGGGAAAGAUAAGAACUGGAAAGCUGAACCACAGCCCAGACCCAAGCAGGAGAAAGAGCAAGAAAUGCCUAUGAGAAAGCCGGAAAGAAACCCCUGGAAUUUGGAAGAAAAUGUCUAAAAGGUGAUUUUCAGGAGAUGCCUGGAAGAUGUUCUCUGGGACCCUCCCUCAAGACUCCUAAGUAACCACAUUGGCAAAUGCAUCUUGCAUUUUGUUUGCUCCAACUUUGUCUUGGUUUUGCUUUCGUGGGAACUGAGAAAAAGACUGAGUUACUCAUCAGGAUAGGUGUGGUCCGAAACAGAUACCACUUGGUAAAUGUAGUGACAGAUUUAGUAGCAGGACCCUGGAGAUGAAGGUUUCUAGGCUUGUGCUUCUGAAGUCUUAGGGACCUGGGGAAGGGUCUGGAAGCUCAGAGACUGUGGAACCAUGGGAUAUCAGGGCAUCAGUAUCUGGCACUUGUUCUACGACACUCUCUACUUGUAUAACAUUGGGCUGGUUUCUUUAAUGUUCUGCUUCUGUUUUCUCACCUCUAGACUGAGGAUGAUAGUAUCUUCUUCCUGGGAUCCUUGGGACAUAUCUAAUGAGAAAUGGAGACAUCAUACAAGACAUAGAACCUGGCACACACACUCAUACGUGUCAACUCUCAUUAUUUUAGAUGUCAUUGGGUUGUUAUUGUUAUUGCCUUUGUUGUUCCCAGUAGCUGACAUUUGGGUAGCACUGGCCUGGUGGACUGGAAGCAACACAGGACUGAGGAUCAAAAAGCCAGCGUCUGGUCUUGGCUCCUCCCUAAACAGACAUGCGACCUUGAGGAAGUCACUUUGCCCUUCCAGGCUUCAGGCUUCCUCUUCCUCUUUUAACAGAAGAAAUUCCACAAGACUUUCUCUGAGGGUUGUUUAUUCCCUUCAACCUGUAGGAGGCACCAUGGCCCCACAGCUCCCAGCCCCACAAAGCCUAUUGUGACAUCGGAGGAAGCAGCCCUGGGUUGUAGUCCACAGUCCACUCAGAAAUCCAUUUUCCCCACUCAGCAUAACACUGAAGUGAGACUGACUUGGUGUGUUUGUUUACACCCCUUGGGAAGUUAUUUCCCUUUUCACUUAAUUACCUGAUAUCCAGACAUUGCUGUGCAAAAUUCGCCUCAAAUACAUUUUGUAAAGUCAUCUAGACUCACUCAUUUGGUGCUUUGAUUAAAAUGUGCAAUCUUCCCCAGGCUUCAGCACCUCGUUAAAUAAUUGCACCUCCAGUAAGAAAGUAAACAGCACACUCCGGGGGCACAGAGAACAAGAUGAAUGUGGUGCACAUCCAGCAGAUAUUUUAUACUCCAUCCCCCAGGCAAACACAUAACCUCUGGCUUAAGGGCUGGAUGGAUGCUGGCUUUAAUUGCUCUCUUUUUGCAAUCUUUUUGGGCAGGAGUAUGAUCUAGAAGCAGAGCAGAAUCUCCUCUGCCCGCCCUUUCCUGGCUCAGUGUCUGCUUAACUUGGGCCCAGCCCUGGCGGAAGGACCAAGGAUUGGUUGUUCACUGGGAACCUGGCUCAUCCCCUAGCAGCAACUUUGCAUUCAAAGUGCGAGGGGCAAGGGGCUGGAUACAGAGCUCAUUUCCUAGAGGGUGUUGCAGCGCUGUUGAGGGAUUGGCAGCUUUGAAUCAAGUCCCACCUUUCUCAUUAAUUCUUGAUGUUGACCUUGAGCAUUUCACUUUACCUUUUCUGACUUUCAUUUUCCCCCUGCCUCUUUUAUAAAAUGAAUCUGGGGUACGACUAUGGGAGGGAGUGGCUGAGUUAGGAUGGAGGAAAAAAAUCAGUGGAAAAGAUGAGGUCAAGGAACUGAUUCACAAAGCCUAUGAUGGUAGGUGAUGAUAAUGACCAAUGGCACAAGGAGCCACCUUUGAGCUCCAGGAUAGGAAGCUCGAUUCAAGAUGAUGUCCCAACCACCAUGGUCCCAAAAAAGGCUGAAGGAUGCUGGUUGGUGAGGGUGUUUGUGGAAAGUUCUUUUCCCUGGCAUUACAACUCCAAGGUAUGGGAAUUGAGGAUCUAACCACCAGGCUGGCGUAGAUUCUUCUUGAAUUUUUCUUCUUGUUCUGUAGGGAAUGGCAAGGAACCUGAGGAACCAGAGUGAGGAAAACCUGGACCAUCUGAAACCUUUCUCAUUUGCUCCCUAACUAUCCAUGCCUCCAUCCAACCACCCAUCCAUCAUUGAUCAAGCUCUCGCUAUGUCUAUACUAUAGAAGAUCCUGGAACACUGCAGGACGCCAGUGGCCAUAUGCUGAGUGGAACCAGUAGGGAUGAUGUGCACAUGGUCCAGAGAGAACGGGACAGUAGGACUCAGGGAUACAGUAGGACUUUGGGGUGAAAGAGCAGGAUGUGGCAUCUGUGUCAGGUGGAACAAAGUCUCCAAGCAUAAAAUGAUGCUGAAAAGAAAUGAAAUGAAAGGAAGACGAGCCAAACCAUGAAAGUUAAUACUGGCAUUAUGAAAAGUAUUGCUAUGAAUCCAAUUUAUUUAAUUAUAAGUGUUUUUAAUUAAUUUCAAAAGAAGAUGGCCAUCCCCAUCAGUGUUUGGCAGAAUGCCUACGUUUGAGGAUGAAGAAAAUAUUGUGUGUGUGCACAUGCGCAUGUAAUGCUUUCACGAUGAAAAACGACUUCAAUCAUCAAUUCGAAAUCCUGUUCAAAGUGAAAUCACAUUUGCAUGACAAACAACACAGCAUCUACCAAUUAGAAUCAUGUUUACUUGGCAGAAAGAACAUUCGUGAAACCAACACCAGUGUCACAGCCACAGAGGAGAAUUGCAUUUUAUUCGUCUUUUUCGUUCUAGCAUAAAACAUAAAAGGUACUCAACUGGUGUCUAAAGAAUGAACGAAUGUAUCAUUUAAUAAAUGACGAACACACAGAGGAAAGAACACGUAGGAGCUGUCUGCAGAAGGCUCAGGAGUCGGGGAGAAGAGCUGGAUGCAGAGGGAAGAGAGCAAGAAAAAACUGGAGCCUUGGUGGCCUUCACAAGUCAUGCUUCUGUUCUGCCCUCCCAACCUCUUGAAAAUGUCUCUUUUGUCCAACUCCAAUGUGGAACCGCACAGGCUGCAUCCAGGUGGUGUCUCAGACCAAGUGAAUACAGGGAGAGUGACCCAAGAUAGCGAGAGAGAAGCAUGAUGUAUUAAUUAUCUAUUACUGCAUCACAAAUUGCUGCAAAAUUUAACGGCUUGAAACAACAAAGACUCAUUAUCUCAUUGUUCCUGUGGGUCAAGAAUCUGAGCCUGGCUUAUCUGGGUGCCUCUGACUCAGGAACUCCUACCAGGCUGAAUCAAGGGGUUGGCUGGAGCUAUAGUCAUCUCAGGGUUUGGCUAGUGGAGAAUCCACAUCCAAACUCACACGGCGUUAGCAGGCUUCGGGUUCUUACUGGUCAUUGGCCAGAGACAUUGUUUUCUUGACGUUGGGUUACUCACAAUAUGCCAUCUGGCUUUUUUCAGUGGGGGACUCCAGGAGGGAAUAUAGGGAAGAAGAGGGAAGGAGAGAGAAAGAGAGAAAAAAGAGAGAAAGAGAAUAUGCUUUUUUAAAAACCUAAUCUUGGAAGUGACAUCCAUCAUUUUUGCCUUAUUCUGUUUGUUAGAAGGGAGUCACUAAGUCCAGCCCACGUUCUGUAAGAGGACAUAACACAAGGAUGUAAACACCGGGAGUUCUUCAGGUUAUUUUGUUUUAGAUGUCUCCCUCCGGUUUUGAUUUUUGGUACAGCCUGC